AUGACUAUAACUGUAGGGUUGCCAUACCCAGCGGAUCCUGUCAGCCACUCUAACUUCAAUCCCGUUCUUGGUGAUGUUCCUGCUACCCCCUUGAAAUCAAACAGUGUCAACAAAUGGCUCCAGGCACUUGAUUGCUUUGACCAGAAUAGGCCUGAAGAAGCUCUUGAAAUCUUCAGCCAAAUUACACCAACUAACUCCAAAGUGGUUUACAAUAUGGCUUCAAUCCACUCGAUUCUUGGCAAUUAUGCGGAUGCAAUCAUAUACUUUAAGCGCGCUACUUCUUUUGAUUCCUACAUGGCCAUCUCUCAUUUCCAAAUCGGUGUCAGUAACUUUUUAGCUGGCUCAUACAGCGACGCUGCAGACUCAUUCAACGCGGCCCUGAAACUUUUACGUGGAAACAACGUUGUCAACUAUCAGCAGCUUGGAUUAGACUACAAGCUUUAUUCCUGCGAAAUUGUCUAUAAUCGGGCAUUGUCUUACAUUUAUUCUGGAACUCUUUCCACUGGGAUAUUGGAUCUUGAAUUUGCUGCAAAGGAACGCAAGUAUAUCCCUGAACACAAUAUUAUUGAUGAAGCUCUUGUACACUUUACCCAGAUGGAAAAAAUUCAAAACAGAAGAAAAAAUAGUGCUGCUUUAUCAUUGGAAGAUCUUGGAAAUAAACUUCUAAACCUUCCUGGUGCUUUGGACAAGAAGAAACAGAGAUUUAGUGUUGUGAACCCCCCAAAAAAACUUAAUUUUGGCAGUUUUCCUAAUAGCCCCACAUCUGACAAUUUUGAAUUAUUUUCAGAGAAGAAGGACGAGAAAUAUGAUGAUGAUCUUAGUUUAGAACAACCAAAGGAAAUUGCUUAUUCAUUAUUUUCUGUUCCUCAAGGAUCUCUUUUCCGUCUCACAGAGCUCAAAGUUUGCUCCAUUUUAAACGAUAAAAAACUGAGUGAAAUUAUAACUUCUGGUCGUGGGCAUGUCACUUUCAAGACCGGUAGCGCUUUGGCUAAGACAAUCAGCGACACCGCUGCUGCGACUACCAUCAGUAACAGCUUAACUGCUCUUGGCUCUAUCAAAGGCCGUAGUCUUUCCAACGACAAACCCACAGUGGCCCGCGACCUUAAACCCAAUGAUAGUGAUGUCAAACUUAAAUCCAAAAAUAGUAAAUUUGGUUUCAAGUCUGAUCUUCCAUCUCUCCCCACCAAAGCUGCAGUCCCGCCGACUCCACCGGUUUCAAGAAGUGUCAACAAAUCACAGUCAUCUUCUUCCACAUCCUCAUCGCACCCGUCAUCAUCAACCUCUAAUACCUCAGGAGUUAUCACACCCCCGAUCUCACCUGAUAUUCCUCUCUCCAAUAAAGAUGAUGAUGCUAAAACACCUGUUGUCACUGCUGCUGCAACUAUUAAGUCAUCUGCAUCUUCUUCUUAUACCACUCCUGCUGUAGGAUACUCUGAAUUUUACGCCAACGGACCAAAUACUUCAGCAGAGUCCUUUGGGAAAUCAAAGCCAACUACCCACCAUACUGAAUAUACCGAUCUUAUUGAGCCUGAUUUUCAUUUCAAGCCUUCCUCUUCAGUUAAAUCCAAUCAUUCUGAUUUGGAAAUUCAUCUUACUCCCCGUUCCACCUCGCGCACUCAAAUCCACAAUGUGCCUUCGCCUUUAGGUUUGUAUCUUGAGAGCAACCUUUCAGCUUCAGCUUCUCAGUCUAAGCUAAGUGAUAAGAGCGAUAACAGUCUUUUUGACAAUGAGUCAAGUCUGAUGGACUCUGAUUUAUAUGAACCUGAAUACAGCCCUGAUUUAAGCACUUCAACUUUUGGCAAGCUCUAUGGGAAGACGCACUUGUCCAAAGGGGCUGUUAUUGAUAUACAAAAGGCCUUGCCUUAUAAGACACUUAACCCGACUCACCACUAUGCCUCACUGGCGCCGCCACCUAGUAAUUCUCAGCAAGUUGUUGGAGAUUUGUGCUCAAUAUCUGCAACCACUUCUAAAUAUGGUACAAAUACGUCAUACAGCAAAGCUCCUACAUCAUCAUACCCAACCAUUAUAUCCUCUCACCCUUCUGCUAAUAUUAAGGUCAAGAUUUUUUGUGCCAAGGAAACAAGAGCCAUUAAGAUUUCUUCAGGGAUUUCAUUCCGUGACUUUAAAGCCCGGGUUGCACAAAAGGUUCAAAGCAAGGAAUUAGAGGAUAGUCCAAUUUUGAGUUCCAUAACCAACAAUAUGAUUAUUAGAGGAAAAGACGAAGAUGGUGACAUGGUUCUGAUUGUGGACCAAGAGGAUCUUGAUGUUGCUAUUAGUGAAGCAAUUUCCCAUUCAAAAAGUGCACCUAAGAUUAAUGUUUAUGUUGAAAAUGUUUUUGAUGCCGAGAUAUAA